AUGGAUCUCAGCCUCGACGGCCAGGCGCUGCCCUCGGUGCCGCCGCAGAAGCGCUCGCGCGUGCUUCUGUCCUGCGCGCCGUGCCGCGGCUCCAAGCUCAAGUGCGACCGCGGCCAGCCAUGCAGCCAGUGCGCCAAAAAGGACCGCCCCGAGGCGUGCGUGUACGCGCCCAAGCCCGUCAAGCGCAAGGCGCCACCCAAGGGCAUGUCGGCGCGGCUGAAGCGCCUCGAGGGCAUGGUGCGCAACAUGAUGGAGGCGGAAGCGGAUGAGGCUGUCGGCACGGAGAGGAAAGGGGGUGAUGGUGAGGAGGCGGCGGCAGAAGCGGACGAGGUGAAGCCGGCGCAGGGACAGGUGGUGCGCAGCGUGCAAGGGUCGACGUACGUGGGAGCGACGCACUGCUUGGCGAUGCUGGAAGAUAUUGAGGACCUGAAGACGUAUUUCGAUGAUGAGGAUGAUGAAGUGCAAGGUGACUCGCCAGGGACGGACCUGGAAGCUGCGGAAAUGUUGCUCAGCCCGCGAGGCGGACCGAGCAGUCGCGAAGAGCUCAUUGGACAUAUUCCCGAGAAGCACAUUGCCGACAGACUCAUUAUGCGAUACUUUUCCUCGUCAAGCCCUGCGCAGUUUUGUGUGCAUCGACCAACAUUCACCAAGAAUUAUGCACAAUUCUGGCAAGAUCCAGAUAGCGUGUCGCUCCCCUGGAUCGCACAGCUGUUUAUGAUCCUCGCGCUCGGCGUCAUCUUCAACCACUUCUCUGCGCCCGAGGAGCUACGCGCCGAGUCCACCACCCCCGUCCUGCAACGCAUCCAAAUGUUCCGCGCGUGUGCGGGCUGGGCGCUCGUCUGGAGCAAGUACACGAGCCCGACGCCGGAGACGAUCCCGGCCUUUAUCCUCUACGUGGAGGCGUAUUUCAUGUUUAGCCGCGCCGCGCAGAUGAGCUGCUACACGCUGUCGGCCGUGUGCCUGCGGCUGAUGCUCAAGCUGGGCAUGCACCGAGAUCCGGGCAAGCUCGCCAACCUGUCGCCGUACGAGAGCGAGAUGCGCCGGCGGUGGUGGAACAUGGCGUGCCAGAUUGAGCUGCUCGUGUCGUUCCACAUGGGCCUGCCGAGCAUGCUGCACGGCAUCGAGUCGGAUGUGGAGAUUCAGGGCAACUACCAGGACGAGGACUUUGGCGAGGACACGAGGGAGAUGCCGGCGCCGCGGUCGCUGCAGGACUACACGUCCAUGUCGUACUCGAUCAACAAGAUCAAGAUACUGCGCGUGUUUAGCCGCAUCGCGAAGCAGGCCCACGCGCUGGCGCCGCCGACCUACGCGGACACGAUGCGUCUGGACGUGGCCCUCAACGACACGUGGGACAAGGUCCCGCCGUUCCUGCACGUCAAGUCCCUGGACCAGUGCAUCGGCGACUCGCCCAUGCUCCUCAUCCAGCGCUACGGCAUCGAGGCGCUGUACCACAAGUGCCGCUGCGUGCUGCACCGGCGGCACCUCGCGGAGCCGGUCCUGCGCGCCGAGCACGACUACUCGCGGCAGCAGUGCCUCGAGGCCGCUGUCGCGCUGCUCGACUUCCAGGUCACCAUCUGGAACGCGACGCGGCCCGGCAACAUGCUCAGCAUGUGCGGGUGGUUCGUCACGUCGCUGUCGGUGCAUGACUUUAUGCUCGCCGCCAUGGUCAUCUACGUCGUGGUGCAGAGCGCGCACUACCCCGAGCACCCGACGGGCGACGACCCGCGCUGGGCCGCGGCGGACAGGCGCCUGCGGUCCAAGGACGAGCUCAAGACGAUGCUGCGGCGGUCGCACGCCAUCUGGUGCCGCGUGUCGUCGACGGUGGGCGAGCUGCGCAAGACGAGAGACACGCUGGCCGUCAUGCUGGCCAAGCUCGGCUGUCCCGUCGACAACGAGUCGUUCCCGACGGCGCCGCCCGCCAAGAACACAGCACCAGGUGGCGGCGUUUCCACGACUGUGCCGCCACCACCACCAGCAGAUAGCGACAUUCGGCUUGGGCAGCACAUGUUCAUGCCAGCGCCGCCGCCGCCGUCGCUGGUAUCGAGCGGACAGCAAUCUUCAGCGGCUGCAUCUACGAACCAGGUUUAUAGUGGCUCAGAGUCCACAUCAGGAUUCACAGCUAACGUCGUUAAUGUAGGGACGAUGCCGAGCACCGACUUUUCCGGCCUUGGCUUACCCCAGGUUGGCAACGACCCAACCGUCGUGACGUUCCCGGGACCAGAAGGCACGGGCUUUGGCGGGGACCUAUCAGGAAUGGAGGCCUCGGCGUCUGAUAACAGCAGCGACGGUAUCUUUGGCACGGUCGAGUUUGAUUCGUCUUGGAUGGGCAACGGCAUGGACUGGCGACAGCUUGACAUAUUCUCGGAAAACAGGGACGAGUCUGGAAACGCCGGGGCUGGCCAGAGGUUGGAUGAGUCUUGGGCGCGCAACAUGAACAUGGGCACUGGAUGGUGA